GGUGGCGCCAGAGGGGGGGCAGGGGGGGCUACAGCCCCCCCGUCGGAGGAGGCUAGCCCCUCCGUCGGAAGAUAAAUUAUGCUUGAAUUUUUUUUGUCGGAGCGAAUUUUUUAAGUUUUGGCGGAAAUAGAAAUUUCUAAAAGGACUGUUAUCAGAAUUCAGGAAGCUCAUCCCAAAACAACUCAUCGACACAUCAAUUUCAUGGUAAAUAAUAAUCUGUUAUAAGAAGUUUGAAUUGGUUGUUUAGAUGUUCAGUACCAGGUGUUUUCCGCAUGCUGUUAAAUUUGAUCUUAUGUUAUGGAUAGUGCAGUUCGUCCAAAUCUUGCUUGCUAUAACCAACCUACAACAUCGGAAUAUUUUUGUGCGAUAGCGAUAUGGCAACAAAUGUUACCCGUUUCAGUGUUAGAUGUAGUAUAUGUAAUGACGUAUUUAACAAUGAUUACGCUGCCCGCCACACGAAGUCCAAGCACAAAGAUUUGGCUGCAAUGGGAAGGACUGCUCCUACGACGGCAAUAGUUGAAACGGACUCGCAGCAGAGAAAAAUAAAAACAUUUUUUCAAUCAAAAGGCGGUACUUUUCCAAAGAAACGAAAGGUUAAUGAUUUUGAAACUGAAAGAACAACAGAAGACCCCGAAGAACAAGAAGUUGAAAUUUCGAAAAUUCAAGACGAAGAGCAAAUCGAACGUGGUACAACUUCUAGCUUGGACCCCGAAGUCACGAAUGUAGAUGCUGACAACUACGUCACCAUUUCGGAAGCCGAACAGUCGAUGUCGGACAUUGUGGAAGCAGCAAAUGAAAGCGACAGCAACGAGGAUAUCGAGGAAAAUUUGGAACAGUUGGAACUCGAGUUGGAAGAUGAAGUUGAUCCUGCAGGAUUAUCAGCCGAAGCACUUCAAGGAGAUUCGAGAGGACCGCAACUUACACUAUCCGUCGCUGGCCCCAAGGACAUAUCCUCAACCAAAGACGGCGGACCUGUGCAGCCUCGUAAUAUUUCCUUCCCUACACAUUUGAUUGGCAAUCAGCAUCGCGCAUUCACACCUUUGCUGUAUGAAAAGUAUCCCUGGAUUGAGUAUUCGCAAAUGGAGGAUGCCAUCUUCUGUUUCCACUGUCGUAAUUUUUCAGAGAAUCGGAAGGAUCCAGCGUUUGUUAGUCAAGGCUUGCGCAAUUGGAAAAGAUGCUAUGGCACCAAAGUGAAUGAUAACAAACUCUUGCAACAUCAAACCAGCCAUCUUCAUGCCCAAAGUGUAGCUGCUAAAGCGCACUAUGAAAACGUUAAGUCUGGAAAUUUUCAGACCAUUGCCACACUUCAUGAUGCCGCUUAUUCGAAACUGGUUAAAGACAACAGGCAUUACAUGCGAGUGAUUUGCGAAGUCCUGCUUCUCACUGCUCAGCGGAAGAUUGCCCAACGUGAGACUGGAGGUUCAUUUCGUGUUGCCGAUAUAAAUAAAGAAGCUCUAGACUAUGGACCUUCUUGUGGUAAUUUUCUUGCGAUACUUGGUCUUCUUGCAAGGCAUGACCCAGUUGUUGCUGACAAAAUCCGCACUGGCCCGAAAAAUGCAAAGUAUACUCACCACAGCGUACAGAAUGCCAUCUUAGACAUUAUGAAAGACAUGGUUCUUGAGCAAAUAAAAAGUGAGCUCAAUAAGGCUCAGUAUUUUACCGUCCUUUCAGAUGAGUCUAAAGAUAGAAGCAAAAAAGAGCAGCUUGUUGUUGCAGUCCGUUACUGCUACGAGAAUGCCAUACAUGAGGAAUUUAUUGGCAUUGCUGAGGCGCAAAGUUUAGAUGCAGAUGGUCUUUCAGACACAAUAAUUGAACGAUUGCAACGCAUCGAAGCCAACAUGAAAGCAUGCGUGGGGCAAGGCUACGAUGGAGCUUCUGUUGUUUCUGGUCACCUGAAUGGCGUUCAAAGGAAACUUCCUCUGAAAACCGGUGCUGAAAUGGCUUACUACGUCCAUUGCUUUUGUCAUCGAUUGAACCUUGUGAUCGUCGAUGUUGUGAAAUCAAUCAGUUGUGUGGCAGACAUGAUAUCGCUAUUCAGAAGCCUGCAUUCUUUUCUGAGCAGCAGCACCGUUCAUGUACGAUGGGUAAAGGUCCAAGAGGAUCACAAGGUUCAUGUGAUGGAAAUUGGAAAAGUUUCUGACACGAGAUGGUCUUGCCAGGCGAAGCAAUUCAAUGUUUUCUGGGAGCGGUUGGAUAUCUUGGUGGAAGUCCUGCAGGAUGUGAUUGACACAGAUACGAACCCCGGUCGCAGAACAGAAGCUACUGGUUAUCUUCUGCAGAUUGACAGGAAAUUUGUGAGAUACCUGUUUGCCAUCCGACACGUCUUGAACAAAGCCAAAUUUGCGUCUGACAUGUUGCAGAAACCCUCCAAUGAUUUGAGUCAAGCCAUUGAUCUCAUUGCAACAUUGAAAGAUGAACUGGAUGACUGUCAAAGCAGGGAUAAGAUUCAAGAGUUCUGGGAUACUGCCGAAGAAGCAGCGGAUCGCUUGGAAUUGCCGGAAGAAAAAAGACCACCAAGAAAGAGGGCAACGCCUGCUUCUCUUCGAGAGUUUGUUGUGGAAGCAUCUUCAGAGCCUCAAGUAGCAAGCGGGUUUGAUGGCUACGUACAAAAUGUCAAAGAAAUACUAAACAGAACAACUGCAGAACUUUGCAAGCGGUUUGACGAAAAAAACAUAAAGAUCAUGAAAGGCAUAACUGCAUUGGCCCCCAAGUCGAAAAGCUACUUGGACCCAACAACUCUUGUCAAUUUUGCUGAGCUUUUUCAGUCUGAAAUUGGUGCACUACGCAGUGAAAUUGCCACAUUUAAAUAUAUGCUCUCAAGAAAAGAAGAAAAACACCGCCCAAGCACACUUCUGCAACUAGAGGCACACUUGGAAAAGCUAAAUGAAGCUUUCUUUGAGCUGCACCGGCUUGUAUCCAUCGCAUGCACUUUGCCAGUCUCUUCAGCCGAAUGUGAACGCAGCUUCAGCUCUAUGCGCCUCAUCAAGAGUGAUCUGCGCUCACUUAUGAAGGACGAGCGUCUAGACAGUCUGAUGAUGCUAGGUAUUCAUCGUGCCCGUGGAAGUGCUCUUGACUUGGACUCAGUAGUAGACAGAUUUAAGGCUAAGUUCCCGAAGAGUAGAAUUGCUCUGUGAAACAAUUUUGAUUCUUGGACUUGAAUUUUCGAUAUGUAGAAGUGCGUAUUCCACCGCUUAGGUCUGUUCCUAUAAAGUUACGUUGUGUUCCAGUUUUCCUUAAGUUCAGUUGGUUGCUUUUUAUUUAAAUUCAUACUUUCCAAAGAUAGGCCCUACUUGAAUUGGCAACGUUUGAUGAGUUGUAAAGAUUUAGAGUAGUUUUAAGCUUAUCUAGAGGCAGCUUUCAAAAAAAAUUUCCAGGGACGCCGGAGAAGGGGGGCGCGGGGGGGCAAGCGCCCCUCCUGCCCUUUGCUAGGAGGGGCAAGGGAGGGGGCAAACGUGCCCUUAGUAAUAUGUCAAAAAACGUAGUAAAAAACACGAUUACACCAUUUUGAUAGCAUUUUUAGCCAAUCUAAUGGGUGUAGCCACCAAAAUUUUCCCGGGGGAGUACCCCCGGACCCCCCGAAUUUUCGGCUCGCAACGCUCGCCUUCGGCCUCCAGUACCCUUACAAUUCCUUGUCGCCCCCUAGCCCUAUCGUUCUCU